AUGUUUGGAAGUGGAACCAACUUCGGUACAAAUAAUAACAAUAAUACUACUACAACCAGUGGUCCAAUGAGUUCAGGUUUUACAUUUGGCAAUAACACAAACACAACGACAAAUACUGGCAUCAGCACAGGCACCAGCACAGGUUUGUUUGGUCAACCAACACAACCACAAUCGCAACCAUUUGGGUCUACAGCUGGUACUACUGCUACCAGCACUACUCCUGGGGGUGGAUUGUUUGGGUCCACUAACAGUACCCUGACUCCAGCUACAAAUACUACCACUAAUUCUCUGUUUGGUGGCGACACUGGAUUGUUUGGUGCAAAGCCUACUAAUACCACCACAACCGCACCUACUCUUGGGGGUGGUUUAUUCGGAUCCCAACAGCAACAGCAACAACAACAACAAACUCAGCCUGCUCUAACAAACCAGCCAUCCUUCGCUUGGUCUCGAACUAACAAUACUACUACCGCCAAUGCAAACACCAACAUAAAUACAAACAUCGGUCUAACUCAACAGCAGUUCCCACAACAGAGCUCUUUAUCCCUUUUACCGCAAAACAACCAACCAUCUAUCUAUGCCCUACAACAGCAGCAAACCACAGCCAAUUACCCACAACAGAUCCAAGAGCAGAUCAUUAAGUGCAAAGAAUCCUGGAACCCUACAUCCUUCAAGUCGAAAUUGCGUGCAUUUGUCUACAAUAAAGUAAACGAGACCGAAUCUAUGCUAUACACGAAGCCUCCAUACAUUAUCCAAGAAGAAUGGGACCUAGCCAUGGAAAACAAACCAAGAGGCAAUUACAACGUCAUACCCAUCCAAUUGAACGGGUUUGAUGAUUUGAACCAGAGGAAUCAGUUACAGAUCGAAAAUGUGGCGCAGAUUAGACUGAUCCUGAAGGAAAUGUUAGAUAAAAACACCCAAUUACAGCAGAGGCAUGAAUUGGACACUGCAGCAAGGAUCCUCAAAGUCCAGUCCAGGAAUAUUCAAAUUGAAAGACGUAUUUUAAAACUGGGUUCGCAAUUGGCUAUAUUGAAGAACAAGGGACUACCUAUGAGUAUCAGCGAGGAGAAAAUGUGGAACCAAUUUAAAAAUCUAUUGAAACGAUCAGAAGAUCCUGCAGGAUUAGGCAAGACAAACGAAUUGUGGGCUCGUCUAAGUGUUUUGAAAGAACGUGCAAAGACCAUAUCCGACCAGUUAGAUAAUACUUUGAUAAUUAUUAAUGAGAAUCAUAAGGGCCAAGGGGGUAAGAAGUCAUCGAGUGAAACAGAUAAUUUGAAUGGAUCGAAAUCAGCCAUAACAGAUGUGAAAUCUUCAUCUAAUUUAAAUCAAUUUGAGAAAGAUACUAAUGAUAUUGAUAAAAUUGCACAUAUUUUAAGUAACCAACAGCGUGGUAUAUCAUAUUUGAAUACCAUUAUAGAAAAAGAUAGUCAAACUAUUGAUAAGAUAAUAAAUUAA